GGAGAGAGAGAGAGACGCCAGGGGUGCGCCAGGGGACGGAGGUUGCCUUGCCCCGGGGCCGCUCCUCCUCCGCCGCCGCCGCCGCCGGCGAGAUGCUGCGGGACCGGACCCUCCGGCUGCAGUUCGGGAACCGGAUCGAGGCCGUGUGCGUGGUGGGCACCCAGNNNNCUUCGCCCUCUUACAGGGCAGCUCCUGCUGAGGCCGUGACGUUCAGCGUCAAGCAUUCGGAUGACGUCGAGGUCGAAGUGGUGACUUGUGACCAAACGGAGCUGGCGCCUGCCAACGGCGGGAAGCGAUGGCCGCUGGACCCCAAGACGAUCCUCCGGAUCCAGAUGACCCGACCCAGCACCGAGGCCAAUGACAACAAAGUGAUGGUUGCCUAUUAUGGGGAGAGCGAAAGCCAUCCCAUUGACCAAGCUGGCGUGUUCUUGACUGGCGUCGCCAUUUCACUGGAUGUCGACGCCGACCGUGAUGGGGUGGUGGAGAAGAACAACCCUAACAAGGCGACGUGGACCUGGGGUCCAGAGGGCCACGGCGCCAUCCUGCUGGUGAACUGCGACAGGGAGAACCCCUUCAUCGGCAUGGAAGACUGCCAGGACGACAAAGUGUUCAGCAAGGAAGACCUGGAGGACAUGUCCCGCAUGAUCUUGAGAACCCAGGGCCCUGAACGACUGCCUCGUGGGUACGAAAUGGUUCUCUACAUUCCUUUGUCCGACUCUGACAAAGUAGGGGUCUUUUACUUGCAGAAUCCGUUCUUUGGCCAGCGCUACAUCCACAUCCUAGGGCGGAGGAAGCUGUACCACGUGGUGAAAUACACCGGGGGCUCUGCAGAGCUGGAGUUCUUCGUGGAGGGGCUCCGUUUCCCGGACGACACCUUCAACGGCCUUGUCAACAUCCACGUCAGCCUUCUGGAGCCUGUGAAUGAGGGCAUCCCACCAACCCCAAUCUUCACUGACACCGUGGUCUUCCGGAUUGCACCGUGGAUCAUGACCCCCAACACCUUGCCUCCGGUUACCGUUUUUGUGUGCAGUGUGAAGGACAACUAUCUCUUCCUGAAGGAGGUCAAGAACCUGGUGACCAAAGCUGGCUGCAAAAUGAAUGUUUGCUCGGGGUACAUGAACCGUGGGGACCGGUGGAUGCAGGACGAAAUUGAAUUUGGCUACAUCCAGGCGCCCCACAAGGGCUUUCCAGUGGUCCUGGACUCUCCACGAGAUGGUGGCCUGAAGGAUUUUGCUGUCAAAGAGAUCCUGGGCCCGGAUUUCGGUUAUGUGACCAGAGAACCGCUGUUUGAAACAGUCACCAGUCUGGACUCUUUUGGGAACCUGGAAGUCAGCCCACCUGUGACCGUGAACGGAAAGGAGUACCCUUUGGGGAGGAUCCUCAUCGGGAGCAGCUUCCCCACGUUUGCUGGACGAAGGAUGACCAAGGUGGUCCGGGACUUCCUCCAUGCCCAGCAGGUCCAGUCACCGGUGGAGCUCUAUUCAGACUGGCUGACCGUCGGCCAUGUGGAUGAGUUUAUGACCUUUAUUCCCAUUCCUGGCAAAAAGAAAUUCCGGAUGCUGAUGGCGAGCCCGUCCGCCUGCUACAAGCUGUUCAGACAGAAGCAGAAAGAAGGCCACGGGGAAGCCGUCAUGUUCAAAGGGUACAGCGGUGCCGACACCAAGAGAGUCACCAUCAACAAGGUCCUCUCCAAUGAGAUUAUGGUGCAGGAGAACCAAUACGUGCAGCGAUGCAUCGACUGGAACCGGGACAUCCUCAAGAAGGAGCUCGGCCUCCAAGAGAAGGACAUCAUCGACCUGCCGGCCCUCUUCAAGAUGGACAAGCAAGGGAAGGCCAUGGCCUUCUUCCCCAACAUGGUGAACAUGAUCGUCCUGUCCAGGGACCUGGGCAUCCCCAAACCCUUUGGGCCCAUCAUCGAGGGCGAAUGCUGCGUGGAGCAACACGUCUCCGACCUGCUCGAGCCCCUGGGGCUGGUGUGCAGCUUCAUCGACGACGUCUCCUCCUACCACCAGCAGCUGGGCGAGGUUCACUGCGGCACCAACGUCCAGCGCAAGCCGUUCCCCUUCAAGUGGUGGCACGUGGUCCCCUAAGCGGAGGUUCCCCCAAUGCCCUGCGUCAAGGGAGGGGUUCAGAGGAAUGGGUUCGACGCCUUGUGGGCCUCCCCAAAAUCACCCUGAGUUCCUGGUGGGGCAGGUGGAACCGGGGGGGGGAGUGUUUCACCAAAGUCCAGCCAGCAGGAGACACCUAGAAUGUUGCCUGUGUUUUGGGGGGGGGGCUGGAGAGGGGAGAAGGUGUUCCCUUGAAUCCUCCCAAGAGGGGCUCCUUCCCUUCUUGUCUCCUUUCUUUGUUUGCUUGGGGUGGGGGUGGGGGUGUGUUGAUCGAGUUUCUCGGUGGGUUGCAGGUGGGAUCUCGGCUCACCAAGGGUGGGGUGCUUUGAUGCUUUCCAGAAACUCUGUGCAUGCUCUGUGGUGUGUGUGUGUGUGUGUCCUGUGCUCUCCUCUUCUUCAGCAACUGGCUGAUGGGGGCCCUUCCACCAAACAUGCCACCAACCGAACGCCCACUCCAUACUCUGUGUGUGCGUGUGUUUGUGUGUGUGUGCUUUUUGUGUGUGUGUGUGUGUGUGUUAAACCUGCUGGGAUUCAUGGCAGCUCUAAGUUGCGUGACUGACUGGGAGGCGUUAUGCCAAACAGGGACUUUUAAAAACUAUGGUUUGGAUAGGUAUUCCUCUCUCUCUUUUUUUGGAACAACAGUAAUAAAAAACGGGGAGGCUGCUUCUCU